AUGUCACUCCAGAAAGUCGCUCUCAUCCUCGGCUCUGGCCCCAAUGUUGGCCGCCAUAUAUCCCGAGCUUUCGCUGCGAAAGGAUACAAGGUCGCACUGGCAUCGCGAAGCUUCAAGAAAGAGGACAAUGAGACUGGUCUAACGCAUUUCCAAGCCGACUUGUCGGACCCUGAAUCCGUUCCGCAGCUAUUCGCCAAAGUACAGCAGGAUCUCGGAGCCCCAAGUGUCGUUGUCUACAACGGUCAGUACAAGGGAAUCGGCACUCAGUUUUCUGGCGCAUACACUCUGCCUGAUGCGCAGGACCCAUUCUCGAUACAUCUUAACAACUUUGUGAAAGACCUCAAUGUUAACACCACCAGCGUCUUUGUGGCGAUCAAAGAAGCAUUGGCAUCUUUCGCAAAGCUCCCCGCCUCAGCCUCCAAAACAUUCAUCUUCACCGGCAAUGCCAUGAACACCGAUUUGAUCGUUCUUCCGCUCACUGGUGCGGGUGCCGGCAAGGCGGCAUCUGCUCAUUUGAUCCACGCUGCGUCCGUGGCAUUCUACUACGCCGAUGAGAGAAAGGAAGACGGGACGCCGGUAUACAGAGAAAUCAGUGGAGAGGCGCAUGCGACGCAUUAUUUGAAACUGACGGAGGACGAAGAACAGGGACCGUGGCAGCAGACAUUCGUGCGCGGCCAGGGAUACAAGAGCUUUUGA